AUGGAGGGGAUCAUCGUCACCGACUUCAUCGCCGUCGUGCCGCGCACCGCGACCUGGCUCGACUUCUUCACGGCGGACGUGCCCGUCACGCCCCGCGUCGCCACCGCCCUCGUCUACCUCGUCUUCUGGCUCCUCCUGCUCGGCUUCUGCUUCCACAAGCUGUCGGAGCAGUCCUACUUCCGCCAACUGGGCGGCGGCCGCAUCUUGCUGCGCUCGCUCGCGGCCAACUACGAGGCGCAGAGCUACUCGUACUGCAACAUGAUCUUUUGGACCAUCCUGUUUGAGUUUGACACGGUCAUCAUCCCGGCGUACUUCCCCUUCGUCCUCGCGCUGCUCGUGAUGGAGACGUACGAGGGCAACAUCCGCGAGGCGGCCGUGCUGCUGCUCAUCUUUUACCUCGUCUCGCGCCUCCACUCGAUGGCUGUCUACAUCGUCGAGCUGCUCGCCUGCAUACCCGAGUGGCUCAUCCAGCCCGAGGACGGGGCCGACGGCUUCUCGGCCAGCGGGCCGGGCGCCAACGCGUACGUGCGCGGCUCGCGGGUGGACGUGGAGCUCAACACGCUCAACUACAUCUACCUGUGGACGACGGGGAUCGGCUUCUUCCUCCUGCUCAUCUUGAUGAAGCUGCAGAUGACGAUGCUCUACCUCUGGUUCGUGCCCGCCAUCAUCAUCUGGUACUGCAUCGCGUGGCAGUCCAUCCCGUACUGCCUCAACGGCUGGCCGAGCUGCCCCACGCACACGGGUCCGUGCGUCUCCCUCACCGCCAUCGGCACCGUCAUCGUCUUCGUCUCCCUCUUCCUCUUCCACCACGCGUGCUUCCUCUUCCCCUGCCUCUGCGCUCCGGAGGUACCGGGCUACCUCUUCUUCCCGCCGAGCGGCGCGAUCGACUCUCCACUCACCGGCAAGUUCGACGUCUCGCACGGCCUCUUCCUGCGCCGCCUCUUCGGCGGCGGCGACACGUGGGACUGCGCUUGGGAGCCGCCCUCGUUGGACGCCGCGGAGGAGGCCGAGGCGGCGGGACGGCUGCUGCACGAGUCGGUCGCUCUCUCCCCCGUCCUCGCCUUCUUCAGCAACGCCUUGAGCUGAGGAGUCGGCGGCUCGCGCCGAGAAGAGCGAGGAGCACCCCCUCCUCCUCCACCCCUUUGCCUUCAAACUACCUGCCGCUCGCCCGUCUAUACACACUGCUACCUCGACGCAAGCUCACGUACCCUCUCCCUGUCGCCCGUAUCUCCGUCAUGGCAUGCGUACUCCGGCAUGAGCCCAUGCAGUGCAACGCAUGAAGGCAUGAUCGCGCCGCCGCGCGGAUCGACCGCGCGGAGUUGAACUCGCGCGGCGGGUGGUGUCCCUCGCAUGCAGUGUUCUCAUCGCGCCAUCUCUCUCGCAUGUCGUUGGUCUCCCGCGAGCGGCCGAGGUGUUGAUAC